AUGUCGUCGUUCGACUCCAUCAGAUCCGGCUACCUCCACGCACAAUAUCAGCCCCGUCACCACCACCACCAACAACCACCACCAGCACCACCCUACCCCACAACACCUGACGACCCCUCUUCCUUUUCCUCUCAGGGCUACUUCCCACCCAUCCCAGAGCAGCAACACCACCACACGUACUCAUCAUCGCCUUCACUCUCACACGUGCGCACGUCCCAAGCAUACACAGGCCCUCGACGCACAUUGUCGACGUCGUCCUACACCAACCAGCACCACCCAUCGCAGCAGCCCAUUCCCAUCCGCCAGCCAGACCCCCAGCAUUUCCAACGCCAAUACCACCCCGCCUCGCCACCACCAGCGACCUACACACCCCAAGCCCCGCCCAUGUACACACGUUCAGCCUCGUCGCCGCAGCACUACCGCCUUCGCCGCCAGUACCGAAAUACAUACAGCACAGUGUCUGCAACGUCACAGGGGUCGACGUCUUCGUCACGGUCUCCAGACAGCCGAGAAAAGCAUGCGCAUUUCGCCCCUGAAUAUUAUGAUGAUGAUUCUGACGACGACGACCACAAUGAUGAUGAUGACAGCAUCGGCGAUGGGCAACACGAAUCUUACUACGGAGUGUUGGAUCCCGAGACAGAGCGAGAGUACAAGCGGCGAUGUGCACGGGACAAGGCGUUUGAGCGGCGGCCUACGCUCGGCCACAGUUUGUUGAGCGUCGUGGACAAGGUGGGCAGGGCCUUCAAGUAAUCAUCACGCCUGCCCUGCCAUGGCUUUGGAGACAAGGCUAUUGAAAUUGAGGAUACCUCCCCCGGGCGCUCUUUUUUGUCCAUCUGUUUCGUCUAAAAUCCGG